CAUUAAGCUAACUUUAGCUUGAAUCAGUCGACUGCUUACGACGCUAUUGACAGCACACGUAAACAAAGACAAUGUCGCACCCAGGGAAAAUCCUUGCGUUGCUCUUGGUGGUGAGCCUCGGUGCUGAAGCAUCGGCCAGUAGCUCGGAACCGAACUUAUUUUUUGGGCGUCAGUCCUACAAGAAUAUGAGUUGGGUGCAUGUCAAGUGCACGGAGCAUCUGCCUGACCAAAACCGUACCAAGUGCGAGUUGCGCAUUUACAACAUGACCUUGCCCUCAUUUCAGUCGUUGGCCACGACUUGCCCCCACGAGUUCGAAUCGGGGCGCAACCCUUUCAAGCCCGACUCCAUGCAGGUGAUUCGCUUCGGCGACAGCAAGGCCAUUCUGAGCUGGCAGGCGGACAGCACACGCACACUUCUAUCUGGCUGGCGACUCGCCGUCGUACACGUUGAGGACACAGUCUGCAGGUGGCACCAUACCCCCAUGUCACUGAUCAACUGGAAGUUCCAGCCCGUGAAAUUCAUCGUGCACAAGGAUAGAUUUAGCGUGGUGAUCUACAGCGAAUUUCCGCAUAAUCCGUGCGCGAUACCGAACUCGGGCCGAGACGUGCCGAGGUGUGUGAUCCACUUCAACAACAAAGCCGUGCCUUCCGGCCCAGCCCAAUUCUGGUUUUAUCAGGACGAACGGGACGAUAACAUGAUACUGGAGCCGUUGGAGUAUGAGAAUCCGGAGAGCGGUUACCUGCUCAUCGACACCACUAGAAAACCUAAUGAGAUAUCAGUUAGGGCUUUCAUCGUCAAACCGGACGGCCUGCUGCUACUGCUUCGCAGCUAUGAGAUUAUGUUGGACACUCGCUCGGCGAAUCCUUACGAUAACGUAGCCUACUCGACGGUCAACGGCAUCAUUGGCAUCUGCGUCGAGACCAAAAACAAUCAGCUUAUUUGCAGCCAGUUCGAUCGCGACGGCAAGAAGAGGCUUGAGAAGUGGAUAUCGGUGAAGCGAAAGAACAAUUACUAUAUCAUGAAUCUGCCCCGGCCCGGUGGUAUGCUGCUGCUCAAUUACACUUGCACAGAUCCGGAAAACUUGUGUAAUAUGGUUGACUCGCUCACGAUCUCGAUAUCGAAAAUUGAAAGCUACGGAGCCAUCGCGCGGGAUAUAUUCAAAAGGAAGGAAUUGUACACGUGCAACAAAAAGUUGUAUCGGGGCGAUGUACAGCUGUUCGAUCUGGGCUUGGGCCACUACUGUUACACCCAAGUCUGCCUCGGCUACCCAAAAGACUCCAAAAUGAUGGAUCCCUUGUUUUACCCAAUCUGCUUCAUUGAACAAUCGAAGCAGGUAACCAAUGAUUUGAGAACGGGUUAUGCGUACUUCAACUAUCACUCCUACAAGAACACAACUCAUCUGAUGGUCUUCUGCGGCAUACCGGCCCUCCGAAACGACAGCUUCCAUUUGUGCGAGGUUAGCCGCUACGUUGACCAGCGCCUUCAGAAAACGUGCGAAGUCUGGCUGGACACGGGUGACAUUUGGAUCAAGCCCGAGCAUAUGCAGGUGAUUCCCUUCAACGACGACAAGGCCAUUUUGAGCUGGCAGGCAUACGCCAACGAACUCCACGGAGCGUGGCGAUUGCUGGUCGUCCACUUCGAGGACUGCUCGUCAUAUCAGCCCAACAUGUACAAACAUUUUUACGUGCCCACGAAUAUCAUCGUGUACGACAAUUGGUUCGCUGCGGUGGUCACGAGCACGAUAAAGGGUCCGUGCGAGAUGCCGCAUUCGAUCUUCAAAGUGAGCAGGUGUGAGUUGUUCUUCGAUGGUUUAGGCGAGGAUUUUAAUGGGCCCCUGCUCUGGUGGGUCCAAGACGAACGGGACGAUGACAUGACGCUGGUGCCGUUGGAAUACGAGAAUUCGAAGCACCGCCAUCUACUCAUCGAAACCUCCACUCCAAACACCUCGAGCCCAGUAAUCGCUUGCGUCUACUUGAUCGACAAUAGCGCCGUACUUCAUCAGCUUGACAUCUACGAGUUGACGAGCGAAAAAUCAGCCAACCCACACGAUGCUAUAGCCUACUCGACGGCCAACGGAUUCAUCGGCAUCUGCGCCGAGGUCCAAGGCGAUCAGCUUACUUGCAGCCAGUUCGAUCGGAACGGCAAGCAGACGCUCGAGAAAACGUUCCAGAUAGCACCGAAGCAAGGAUUCGCCGUGAUAAAUCUGGCCAAGCCUGGCGGUAUGCUGCUCCUUCAUUACGUUUGUACCGAUCCUCAGAGCUGGUGCGAGAAUCGAAACUCGCUGGUUGUCCUUGUAUCGAGGAUCGAAAAUGACAAAGACACCCCCCAACCUGUGUUUCAUAGUUUUGAAACGUAUCAGUGCGACAGGCGGUACAAUAAAGCCUCGGCGCAGCUCUUCAUGAAGGACUCGGGCCAGUACUGCUUCACGCAAGUCUGCUAUAGGAACCCGGACGAUCCGGACAACUUCUACAGACCCGUGAUUUUCUCGACUUGCUUACCCGAAAGGGCGCUCGAAGCUACCGCUGACCACAAGAUGGAUUUCGACUAUGAUGACGAUGAUUUUGUUUGAUCACACAUACCACACAUUCCAGUCGAUUGAUUUUGUUUUUAUUUAAUUUGAUACAAUUUCACUCUUGUUAUAAAUAGCUAACAUACGUUUUAAUUUAUUAUGGGUACAUACAUUUGACAUGUUUAUUCAAUGAAAGUAAAUAAACAGUUUUUCAAUAAUUCA